AUGCGCCUGAUACACACAACUGAUUUGUAUCUCAGGAGUUUCAGCCAGAACAUUCCAAAGUAUGCUAUCCUCUCUCAUCGAUGGGCCGAGAAUGAUGACGAUGAGGUGACUUUUCGCCAGUUCUGCAGAAAGGACAAUACCACGAGCACUGGACAUCUCAAGAUUGAGCGCGCAUGCGCUCUUGCCAGAAGUGGAGGCAUCGAAUGGCUAUGGGUCGAUACUUGCUGCAUCGAUGCCAGCAGCAGCGCGGAGCUGUCCGAGGCCAUCAACCCAAUGUUUGCAUGGUAUCGUGACUCUACGAUCUGCUAUGCAUUUUUGACAGACCAGGACGUCAGAUACUUCGAACCUCUACCCAACCAUGUCCCAUUCAUCUACUCCCACGAGGCAGCAGCGCAGGCCAAUUAUAGCCCGGUGGAUGCCGACUUCUCGACAUCGUGGUUCGGCCGAGGCUGGACAUUACAGGAGCUUCUAGCACCCCGAGCUAUGCAGUUCUAUCACACUGCUUCGGAUCCUAGCAUUAAGCCACUCCCCCUUGGCACCAAAUCCAGUCUCUGUAACAUACUCUCCAGCAUCGCCGGGAUCGAGAGAGCCUUUCUUAGUGGGCACACGAGCCUGUCUACGGCGAGCGUAUCGAAACGAAUGUACUGGGCCUCGAGGCGGCGCACAACUAGAACGGAAGACAUUGCAUAUUGUCUACUUGGCCUGUUUGACGUAAACAUGUCAUUGUUGUAUGGCGAAGGUGCCAAAGCCUUCACCCGUCUACAGGAAGCGAUCAUCGCGCAAUCAGAUGAUGAGACCAUAUUUGCUUGGACGGCGCUAGUCGAAUCUACAAAGAAUCCUUGGUCAGCGCAGCAAGGUCUAGCACCACGCGGCAUGCUAGCAAACUCGCCAGCUGAAUUCUGGAGAUUCCCUUGCCUCAGACGGGGCCGUGAGUUCUACGACCGACCGCCUUAUAGAACGACAAAUCGGGGUCUCGAGUUCCCGAUAGCUAUAGACUCCAUGCGAACACUGCUCAGCUCUUCACUAUAUGGCCGGGUCAUCUUGGCUGCAGGCGAAGCUGACGUGCUCGUAUCUUUACAAUGCACCUGCGACUGUCGAGGUGCUGGCGAUGGAGGAAGCUUCGCCGUCCUCAUGUGUCGCGAAGCGCAAGAUCAAGGUCGUCAAGGCCUUGAUCCCGCCUCGCCUCAGGGAAUUUGGUCGCGAAGAUCCGCGCUCAAGUUGUUCUGGCAUACGCCGAAGUGGCUAUUUCGAUUCCCUAUGGGCCAUCACUUGAUUCACGUAGCGGCACCUAGUCAAGCGCGCACUGUCCGGACAACGAAUCAUCGUGACCUUGAGAAGCUUACGCCAUAUCGACCUGCUGGGAUGAUCCUUUCUAUGACGAGAUCUUCGUGCGCUUCGUCCUUGCUGCUCAUGAGCUGCUUCGAGCAUGUACUGGGGCCACUGCUCACAUUGAACAUCUAUCUAGUUGGCUGGAGCAUGGCUGGCUACAGCUUGUUAUACCUUGGCUUGGGAGCACUGCUAUCUAGUACGGGUGUCUUACAGCGAGUGGAUAACAUCGGCAUGAUGAUCAGCCUCGUUCUCGCUGCAUGGCAAUUGCCCUACGUGGCGAUGCGUUACGCGACUGAGACUGGGAUGUACUGGAAGUCAGUAAGGCGUGGUGACACAAACGGCAGUGGGCGUGGAAGAUCAGGUCAUGUACCACGAUCACUCAGGGAGCUCUAUCUCAACGGUCACUUGUUGGUCAUGAUCUUUUUCGGUGCUACGGCUUGCAGUCUCAUGUUGGUAAACUACUUUGUACGUGAAGGCCGUGUGCCAGAUACCGGAUCGUAUGCAUAA